AAACGACUAGCAAAAUCCAAGAAAACUAAAAAGACCAAGCACCAGGGUCAAAAAAUUCCAGAGCCCGCGGAUAAAAUUGGAGCGCACAGCCAGUGAGGCACAGCCGCACAGCGGUAAUGGGAUAAUAAGACGGUCAUCCGAGUUCCGUCGACGGCAGGAGAUGAGAUGACAGUCAUUCUAAACCGUCCAUUACCCUCUUUGGCCGCCCCAAACCGACGCAUCACCAAAUCCAGACCGUCCACUCCACCAAGCAUCUCAUGCUUCAAUCCCAAACAUUCCUUCAAGAGAGACUACACGAGCGUAAUGAUAGUCCCAACCGGGAUAGGAGCCGCCAUUGGUGGCUACGCCGGCGACGCUUUGCCUGUGGCUCGCACUCUCUCCUCCGUCGUCGAUUGCCUUAUCACACACCCCAACGUGCUGAAUGCAGCAAUGCUCUACUGGCCCAUGCCUAAUGCUUUAUACGUUGAAGGUUAUGCUCUUGACCGCUUUGCAGAAGGCUCAUGGGGCCUCAUGCCUGUUCACCAAAACAGGGUGGGUUUGGUUCUUGAUUCUGGAAUAGAAGAAGAGCUUCGAGUUCGCCAUUUACAAGUGGCCGAUGCUGCAAGGGCUUCCCUUGGCUUGCCUGUGGUUGAAUAUGUUGUCACUGACACCCCUUUACAGGUAGAGAAGUGGAUUGAUCCAAAAAGUGGGCAAUCAACUGGGAGGAUUAAGCACCCUGAUUCACUAUUGAGGGCUGUGCAGGCUUUACUUAAACGCUCUCAAGUAAAUGCUAUUGCAGUUGUUGGACGCUUCUCAGAUGAUGAUGAUGUUCAAGACACAGAUGAUUAUCGAAAAGGGAUGGGAACUGAUCUAUUGGCAGGGGUUGAGGCAGUUAUAAGCCAUCUAGUGGUGAAGGAAUUCCAAAUUCCUUGUGCACAUGCUCCUGCCUUGUCACCUUUGCCCCUGAGCCCAUCUUUAUGCCCAAAAUCAGCUGCUGAGGAGUUGGGAUACACAUUCUUGCCAUGUGUGCUUGCUGGGCUUAGUAAUGCACCACAGUAUUUGGUCAAGAACUCUGAGUCUGAGAAUGGUUGCAUACUGGCAAGUGAUGUUGAUAGCGUCAUCCUUCCUGUAGAUGCUUUUGGAGGAGACGGCGUUCUUGCUUUUGCACGAAGCAAAAGAAACAAGCCACUUAUAAUUGCUGUGGAGGAAAAUGAAACAGUCCUUGAUGAUACACCAGAUAAAGUUGGGGUUGAAGCAGUCAAGGUCUCAAACUAUUGGGAAGCAAUUGGUGUUAUUGCAGCUCACAAGGCCGGAGUAAAUCCGCAUUCUUUACGAAGAAAUAGAAUUAAGAAUCUUCGAUACACUUCUCUGUUGCCCUCUAAUGGUUAUUCCAUUAAAGUACCACAGCAAUUGGCUGAUUAAAGUAGUGUGGAAUUUUCUUUUUUCUCAACUA